AUGCUUCCCUUAGCACUGCAACUGGAAUCAGUGAGGACCAAGCCUUCGGAUACACUAAAAUAUUCAAUCAGUUUGAUUUCUCAUGUGGAGCUGGAUUCUCUGGUAAUAAUCGUAUCGCCAAAGCUUAGGACCUACCGUAAUCUUACAGAAUUCACCAAUAAUGAUGAGUGUGCUUCGACUAUAUUCCUUACCGGUGUGAACGAGAUGAGGACAUGUGACAACAAUUUUCAGUCUCAAUUAAAACGGGACAACGAUCCAAGCAACACUUGCGCAUAUGUCGAAGUAGCUAAGGAAUGCUACAUGACGGCAUUCAGAAAACGAUGUGGACAAUAUCCGGAAGUUGUUUGGUGGGGAUGUAAUUACGAACGAAUUGGAACUCAAACCAACUAUCCACAAUGUAGCCAGAUUUUCUGCACU